GCAGGGCUGUGGAAAACAAGAGGCUAUCAAGUACACUGAAAGCGACCCAUUCGGCUGCGGCGGACGAAGAGGGUGAUCCGGAGCUUCAGUUCAUCCGUGCCGGUCGCAAGCGGCUGCUUUUUGUCCCCCGUCUUCGUCUCGACCAGGCAAAGGCUAAGUACCAAGGACCGUUGCCGCAGCCAUGGGCAAAGGCGACCCCAAUAAGCCGCGGGGCAAAAUGUCCUCGUAUGCGUAUUUCGUUCAAACAUGCCGCGAAGAGCACAAGAAAAAACACCCGGACUCUUCCGUCAACUUUGCCGAGUUCUCCAAGAAAUGCUCCGAGCGAUGGCGGACAAUGUCAGCAAAAGAGAAGUCCAAGUUUGAAGAUAUGGCAAAGGGUGACAAAGCUCGUUAUGACAGAGAGAUGAAAAACUAUAUUCCUCCUAAAGGGGAGAAGAAAAAGAAAAAGGACCCCAAUGCUCCCAAAAGACCACCAUCAGCUUUCUUCCUGUUCUGUUCUGAACAUCGCCCAAAGAUAAAAACUGAUCAUCCAGGCUUGUCUAUUGGAGAUACAGCAAAAAAAUUAGGUGAAAUGUGGUCUGAGCAAACAGCUAAAGACAAGCAGCCCUUUGAGCAGAAGGCAGCAAAGUUAAAGGAAAAAUAUGAGAAGGAUGUUGCAGCAUACCGUGCCAAGGGGAAGAGUGAUGCAGGGAAGAAGGGUCCAGGUAGGCCAGCAGGCUCAAAGAAGAAGGUAGAACCUGAGGAAGAAGAAGAGGAGGAGGAGGAGGAAGAGGAGGAGGAGGAAGAAGAGGAGGAGGAAGAGGAUGAAGAGUAAAUUUAUAACCUGCUGUAAAGAUUUGUGCUCAAAAGUCCAUGAUUUUGCUAAGAAUGUGAAGUCGAGUGCAGCUCAUUGUUAGCUUCAGUAUAAAAACUGUACAGAAUUGUGUAUAGGUAAUGUGAUUCUCUGUAGGGAGAUCUGUAUUCUAAUGUAAGUAGUAGCAAAAGGCCGCUACUGUUAGAUUUUUUUUUUAAGCUGAUAUUGUCAAAUGUUCUGGCAUAUUUAAUGGUUCUUUGAAAUUCAGUGACUGCUUGAUUUUGAGCGAAGUACAACUUUGGUAGGAAAAUAGUCAACCUUGUCUUGCAUACUAUUGCAUUGUAUUACUUUUUUAACAAUUUUGUAAUAAAAUGAUGUACAUUA